AUGAUCGGCGCUGCUGGCGGGCUGCUGCUGCUGCUGCUAGCAGCCGUCACGGCCGCUGUUCCCCGUGAACCUCCUUCUCAAGGAGCAGAUGCACAACAUCCUCUUUCCCCCAGCAUCCUCAAAACUCAACCGCCAGCUAGGAAGUUACAGGGUAGAUUUCUACAUAUCACAGACAUACACCCAGACCCCUUCUACAAAGUCCACUCCUCCCCCGAAGAACAAUGCCAUUCUGGAAAAGGCUCGUCAGGCCACUACGGAGCUCCAGUCACGAGCUGUGACGCCCCCUUCUCUCUUGUGAAUGCCACAUUCAAAUGGAUCGAAGAGAAUCUGAGAGAUUCUAUAGACUUUGUCAUAUGGACAGGAGAUUCUGCUCGACAUGACAACGAUGACCGCUUUCCUCGGACCAACAAGCAAGUUCUUAAACUGAAUAAGUUCGUCGUUCACAAAUUUGUUGAAGCCUUUGGCAAACCAGACAACCUACACGAUCCCGACCCUACGAAUGAUUUCGUUGUGCCUAUUGUACCUACAUUUGGCAACAAUGAUAUUCUUCCUCACAACAUCUUUCAACCUGGACCGAAUUCAUGGACUCGCGAGUAUGAAGACAUAUGGAAUAAGUUCAUCCCUCAGGAGCAACGCCAUUCAUUUGCAAGAGGCGGAUGGUAUUUCACUGAAGUAAUACCCAACAAAUUGGCGGUCUUCAGUCUCAACACCUUAUAUUUCUUUGAUUCAAAUUCCGCCGUCGAUGGCUGCGACCUCAAAUCUGAACCAGGGUACGAACAUUUCGAAUGGUUGCGAAUCCAGCUUCAGUUUUUGCGCUCCCGUGGAAUGAAGGCCAUGCUCAUUGGCCAUGUACCGCCGGCCCGGACUGCAAACAAACAGAACUGGGACGAAACGUGUCAUCAAAAAUUCACCCUGUGGCUACGCCAGUACAGGGAUGUAAUUGUUGCGUCCGUCUUUGGCCACAUGAACAUAGAUCAUUUCAUGUUCCAGGAUGUGCAUGAACUAAAGUACAAAUUCAAGAUUAAGGGUAUUGAUGACGAAUUCCAAAGACUAGGAGGUGGCCUAGAGCUUAUGUCUAACAACGAAACGUUUUCCGCAACUGGGAAAUCGCAAUACUUGACGGAUCUACGAAGCAAUUGGGAAAAUUUACCCAAGCCGCCUGCAGGAUCGUCCUACUUGGAGGAGGGAGGUGCAGACUACGAAGCCGAAAAGAAGCACAAGAAGAAGAAGAAGAAGAAUGAUGUCGAGAAGUUUCUAAAAGCCAUUGGAGGUUGUUGGGGUGAGCGAUACAGCAUGAGCCUGGUUUCACCCAGCGUCGUACCAAACUUCUACCCUACAUUGCGGAUCGUUCACUACAACAUUUCAGGGCUAGAGGAUCAUAGUCCUGCGUCCAAAGCUAUUGGAAUCCCCGCUCCCGAAUCCUAUGACCCAUUAGUCACUGACUCUAGCGACCAUGAGAACAGCUUUAAAGGAUUUGGAGACGAUGGUGAUAUGCUUCAGGAUCAAACAAGAAAGAAGAAGAAGAAGAAGAAAGGAAAAAAGAAGAAGGGCCCUCAAUUUCCUGUUCCGAAGGCCCCAUCGAAGACUUCACCCCCCGGACCGGGAUAUUCUCCUCAAACCCUAUCUCUUAUGUCUUGGAGACAGUACUACGCAAAUUUGACGGCAAUAAAUGAGGCAGUCCAAAGCGAUACCACGAAGAAUCCCCAUAAGCACUUCAAUUACAUCAGCGAAUACACCACGAAUAAUGACAGCAAUUACCAAAUGGUGGACUUGACCCUCCGAAAUUGGUUAGAUGUUGCCGAAAAGAUCUCCAGAGGGCAUUUUCCGAAACAGCAAGAACAGGUCGAAGAAGACAACCAGAAUCGAGAGCAGGAUAUAGCAUUGCUCAAGAAGGGCAAGAAGAAAGAGGACAGGGCAACGAAGGCGCGAAACCGUCUUUGGCAUGUCUUUGUCAAAAGAGCCUUCGUUCAUACGAAGCCGGACGAGGAAAUUGACAAUAAGUUUGAUUCUGACAAAUGA